CCCAGCCUCGAGCUCUGCUGUCAACUUAAGAGACACAUCCUUACAUUGUAUUUCUGCCAUCAUGAGGCGGUGGAGAACGAUUUUAAGCUUGCUAGGCCUUCUAGCAUGUCUGAGUUCGGCCGCCGAGGUACAGCUGGAUCAAACGGAAGAUAACACACAGAGAUGCUCGGGCAUGUACAGCAAAAAGGCCUGGGGUGGUUCAGUGGAUCCAUUCAUACAGGUCAUGUUUAAAAAGAACCCAAACGCUGGCGAUGGGAAAGUCAGCUUGGUUAUUUUUGAGUAUCAGGACAAAAAUCUUCUAGGCAAGCCAAUACCUGACAGACCUGAUGAGCGGAACUAUAUAUGUGACGACGGCGCUAUACAACAAAAACUCUGCGAUGAGACGCACAAAGGCGAAUUCAUAGUCGCCGAUGAUGCCGACCAAAAAUCAAAGCUGCCGAUAUUCACCACUGCGGCCUCUAUCAGCGAUCCUAAACCCUUCACGUAUAAAAUUACACGCACAGGUUAUUACUGCGUUGGCACGUGGGGCUACAGCGUUCAAGAGUAUACUGCAGCAGUUGAGUUCAGGAAUGCGUAUGGUGAGCUUCCUGCUGCACAGAUCGCCAAGCUUCCUUUUUAUGGAGGUUUGACACUCGUGUACGCUGUCAUGGGUAUCUUCUGGGGUUUUCUGUACGUGCAACACAGGCGUGACAUCCUCGCUGUACAGAAUUACAUUACGGCGAUCAUCAUCUUCCUCAUCGUGGAGAUGCUGCUUACUUGGGGAUUCUACGAUUACCAGAACGUGCAUGGGUCAAACCUCGGAUCAAAGGUGUUCAUGAUCAUAGUGUCUAUCCUCAACGCAGGGCGGAACUCAUUCUCGUUUUUCCUCUUGUUGAUUGUAUGCAUGGGAUAUGGUGUCGUAAAGCCGUCCUUAGGCAGGACGAUGAUCAUGGUCCGCUGGCUUGCAGCUGCACACUUUGUCUUCGGUGUCAUCUACGCCGUCGCUUCCCUGACCGUCCGACCGGAUGAUGCAGGUCCGCUUGUACUCCUUGUCAUCCUUCCCUUAUCGGCGACUCUCACAGCUUUCUACAUCUGGACACUCAACUCGCUUAGCAUGACGAUGAAGGACCUUGUUGCGCGGAAACAGCACGUCAAGGCUUCGAUGUAUCGCAACCUGUGGUAUUGCAUACUGACCUCCAUCCUCGUCAUCUUCGCAUUUUUCUUCUUCAACAGCUUUACCUUUGCCGGUGUAAGCAACGAAGACUUCGCUCCUACGCACUGGCAGACGCGUUGGUUUGUACUGGAUGGCUGGCUUAACUUGGUCUACCUAGCGGACGUUGCAUUUGUGGCAUAUCUUUGGAGACCUACGGAUAACAACAGAAGGUUCGCUAUGAGCGAUGAGAUCUCGCAAGAUGAUGAAGGUUUUGAGAUCAACUCGGUCCGUGACUCGCUAGACUCCGAUGUGGAAGGCGGUAUUGUGCACGGUAAACGCACGCCUCCAGAAAGUGACUCCAGCAAUGAUCGAAGCGGACCGGCGUACGGAGGUAACCCGCAACAAUCAUCUCAAAUCGACAGGCGUCGUGAUGAAAGUCCAUUGCCUGCACCUAUUCCCAAAAAACCAGCUUCUCUGCCAAGAGAGAGUUUGGACGGGGACACCAUAUUCGCUGUUGGCGAUGAGGAUAAAUGGUCGGAUGACGAGGAGGAAGGAGAAGAAAGACGAGGACUAGUUGGUAAAAGUUCUUCGUAGCGCGCUUCUGGUAAACGAAGAGAAGUUUUAGUUUCUGCAUUCCGAUAGCAAGGGUCUUUGAUUCGCAAAGCAAGGGCUGUUAUUUAUCCGAGUUCAUCUACGCAUUUAGCCGGCGUCUCGAAUUGUUUAUUUGGCAGACAUGGAACGAUGUUGACGUUUUCCUUUCUACA